AGGCAAUGCAAUUGUGAGUGAAGGGGAAUGAAGAGUAGAAAAAGAGAAGAGGAAGAGGAAGGGGAAGGGAAGGAUGAUAGAGGUGGUCUUGAACGACAGAUUGGGCAAGAAGGUGAGAGUAAAAUGCAAUGAAGAUGAUACGAUAGGGGACCUCAAAAAGCUGGUGGCUGCCCAGACCGGCACCCGACCCGAUAAGAUCCGGAUCCAGAAAUGGUACACUAUCUACAAGGACCAUAUCACUCUCAAAGACUACGAAAUUCAUGAUGGCAUGGGCCUCGAGCUGUACUACAACUGAUCAGUUACUCUCUGAUCUCAUAGCGAACAUCAACGAAUCAGCCUAGGCAUGCACCAACCCAACCCGGCCUUGAGUUGAACAAGCACAACCACACCAAAACCUAAUCUAUCGUUGAACUUUUGUCAUCUAAUUAGAGAGGUGUUAGUUGGAUCAAUUAGAGGUUUAAAAGCUAAGAAGAUCAAAGUAGCAUUUAAUGAUCAAGUGUCAAGAACAGUUUAAAAGAUUAUGAGACUUUAAUUAAUAUAAUCCAAACAAGUGAAGGAGUUGGGAAAGCCUAUUAGCUUCUUGGUA